CCGGCCUUGGCCCCCAGUCACUCUUUCAACUUUCGGUUGUAUUGUAUUUUGUUUCUUAUACCUUGACGUGAAAUCUCCAUCGAUUAUAAUUAACACCAACAGCAACAAGCAUGAAGGGACUUCAGGCAGGAAUCCCACUCGCGGCCCUGGCUGCUGUCGCCCGCGCCACUUCGGUCAUCGGGGGCUCGCAGGGCGAAGAUCGCGGCAGUGACGCCGCGCUGCCGGUCGACAACAAGUUCCGGAGUGAGGUGAACGACUACCACUCGGACGACCACUCUUUCGACCUUGAUGCGAAGAAGACCGUCAUCGAGCCGGGUCAUGGCCGUCGCCCUCACCACCACAAGGCCAGAGAGGAAGUGAUCCAGUCCAACGACGGACUGUCCGAGGGAUCGACUUACGUGAAGCCGCAAGUCCACGCGGAGUCGAACAACGAGAACUCGUACCAUGAAGAUGACCACUCCCUUGAGCUGGAGAAGGAUGUCGUCGAGGUGGUGCCGCCUCACGGUCAUCCCAAGCACCACCAUGCUCGUGGUGGGCACGAAGACGUCGACGUCAUCGGAGGACCCGGCGGUGAUGACACGGGCAAUUCAUUUGCUCUGCCCAUCACCAGCAAAUUCUCCUCCACGGUCAAUGAUGCCUAUGUCGAUGACCACUCGCGUGAUAUCGAUAUCGACACCACCAUUGUGAAACCCAAGUCGCACCCCCCGAGCCACUUCAAGGCUCGCGGAGAGCACGAACAUGUCGACGUUAUCGGCGGCGCUGAGGGUAUUGACACGGGCAACACCUUCGAUAUGCCGAUUACGAGCAAGUUCUCGUCUGUUGUCAACGACGCGUAUAUUGAUGACCACUCCCGGGACAUUGACAGAGAUACCACCAUCGUGAACCCCAAGCACCACGGACCUGGUCACUUCAAGGCACGUGGUUAUUAUGAGAAUGUCGAUGUGAUCGGUGGGCCUGAGGGAGUUGAUGUCGGCAACACCUUUGAUUUGCCCAUCACCAGCAAGUUCUCAUCCACCGUCAACGACUACUAUCAAGACGACCACUCCCGCGAUAUUGAUGUGGACAAGACUGUGGUUAAGCCUCACCACCACAAGGCCCGUGGUGGUGCGCCGGCGUGGGGUCGUGGUGGUGCUGGUGCUGCUGUCGGUGGCGGAGGACGGCUCGGUCGUGGCAAAAAAAAAAAGAGAGAGAGGGAGAGAGAGAGGGAGGAAGAGAAAGAAAGCAGGCUGGAGUGAAGGGGAGAGGGGGGGAAGUGCCUAGUUAAGUAGCAGUAGUAAUAUCUAAGUAGUAAGUCGCAAAGUAAAGAAGUAUGAAGUAGUCAAAUGGAUCCUCAACAGCGAUCAAAGGAUGUUGUGAGUAAACAUGUAAUGACUUGCAAACAUAUUAUGCUCAAGAAAUUGAAUAUCAAGUAGAAACUGGAGACGAAGAAGGCUUGCUAUGGUGGAGGUGGUGAACCUGGAAUGACGGCGGC